GUAAGUUUGUGAGGAAAUUGUAUAAAAUAAUAUUUAUACUAAAUAAUGGAGCAAAAAAUACCUGGUGAGGGUAAGAAUUAGUUGUGUAUUGUUAAACUCAACACUCAACCUUGUAGAGGCGUAUUUUAAACUUUUUUAUAGAGUCUCCAAAUAGGAUUGAACAAAGGCUAUAUGAUUACCAAAACAAUAGCAGUGCUGAUUCCAAAGACUUGGGUGAUCAAAGACAAAAUCAGGAAGAAACUAAAGAGUCAUACUCAUACUACACCUAUAGUGUUGACAAUGAAUCUCUUGAUUAUGAUAUGAAAAAAUACAAUGAAAGUAUGAUCGAUAACUAUGGUCAAGAAUCCCCCAUAGAGUAUGAUGAACGCAACGAAGAACCCUCCGAAGAAGUUAGGAUGAGAGUCCAACAAGAGAAAGAACCCAGCAAGCUCUUUUACGUGCAUCAAGAAGAUGAACGACUUGAAAAUUUGCCUAUUAUCAGCAAUAAGAAGAAGAUUGAAAGUGAUAUUAACCAUUUACAUGACAAAGACUCCGAUCAGCACUCAGUGUCAGUCAUGGGAGAGUAUAGAGGUGAUCCAAAAAAUUUCGAAGUCCUCGAUCCUCAAAAAGGCAGCCAUGUAGCCUAUACAGUCAAAGGAUAUGAUAUGGAAGGACCAUUUGAGGGCAAAAGAAGAUAUAAUGACUUUUUUAAUCUUCGAAAUCUAUUAACUGCAAGGAUGCCUGGAAUCUUUAUUCCUCCAAUUCCUCCAAAGAAAAUGAUGUUUAACAAGACUGAUAAAUUCCUGGAAGAAAGGGGUUACUUUCUCCAAAGGUUCUUGCAGCUAACCUGCAGGGUAAAAUACAUUGUCAGCUCUGACGAAUUCCUUCUGUUCUCUCGACCAUCAGGAGAUUUCGAUAAAAUGAUUGAAACUUUACCUAAGGUUGAUGCUGAAUUCUUGUUAAAUAGGUUUGAAAAAGAGUUCAAAUUUAAUUUUGAAGAAGAUGAGAAGGAGCAACAAGAGAAUAUGGCUGUGAUCAACUCAUAUACUGUAUUUAUUAAGAAGAUACUACCAAUUUUGAAAGGAAUUAAGGAUCAGAUUAAACCCAUGAUUACUGAGAGAGAUAUCCAAAAUAGCAAUUUUCCUGAUCUGAUAUGAUUGAUGACCCAGUUUGCGGAUUGUAUAAGUGGAAAUCCAGAUUCAGAUGAUUCAAUUGAUUCUAUUUAUAUCCAAACAGCCAAUGAUAUUUCAGAAAAACUGAAGAAUCCUUUCAAAGAUUAUUACCUCUGGCUCAAAGGAGAAAUCUAUGAUGUCCAAGCUUUAAGUGACACAUUAGAAAGUGCUGAUAAACUUCGAAAAACAAUUGAUAAACUUGAAUCCAAACAAAAAUCAACCGAAGCCAAGCUUGAUAAGCUUAAUAGCAAGAAAAUGAGUUUUCAGACUCUCUUCCAAAAAGAUUCGACAAAAGAGGAAUCAAAAAAAACUUGCAUUGAACAAAUUGCCAAAUACAAAGAAGACAUCGAAAUCUACCAAAAACUGACAAACAUCUGUGAAAAGCACGUUGCUCGAGAAGUAAUCCCCAAAUUCAAGGAAGAAAAGACUGAAAUUUACUACAAAAUGAUUCAACUGAUCAGCGUCGGGGAGAUCCAUAACUGACGUCUCGCUACCAGCUUCUGGAACUUACUGCAGAGCCAGAUAAAGAAAGCCAGUAAGGACGCAGAGGAGUAGUUCAGGAGUGGAUGAGGAAAGAGAGCUGAGUAGAGAUUUGUUAAGGAAUUUUGAGGA